UGCCGUUUCUGCUUGUUUAUUUAGGUUGUGCCCGCAGAGUAGUGUAGGUAGCCUUAUUGUUUUCGAGUUCGCUUUUGUUUGCCGCUUCUCACACGCGCUUGUCUGCCGUGACACCUGUGCUAUGCGGUGCCGAGUGCUGCUGGUACGUGCGCUCGGAACGAGGGAAGCCACCUCAGCAUGAUCACCAAGGAAGCAACAGCGGCUGUUGCUGAGGCGGUGAAAGCCCUUGAGCGCUUCCGAGAGUCCCUGAGUCCCGCUGCAGCCGCCGAGCAUGAAGAAGACCUCAAUGCUCUGCUUGGAGUGCUGGCAGCAGACCCAGUACUGGGUCGCGUGUUGGCACUGCAGGACUCACUGGCUCAGCUGCGGCGGCACUUGCAGCGGCACCCAUCGCUUCUGCCCAACGACUUCGACUUCUGCCCGCAGACGGGCGCGCUCACCCUCGGGGCAGGCGCUGUGCAGCUGGGCGAGGAUGAGAUCGACCGCGAGGUUAGGGACGAGGAGGACGAGGACGAAGAGGAAGACGACAACAAUAACAACAACAACAACUCUGACUCUUGCGAGCCGAGCUCUGAAGCCGACCAGAGCCUCUCGCAUGCGGCAUCUGCCGCUGGUGGUGCCGCAUUGCACUACUCCCCUGAGCUGAGUGGGUCGUCUGUAGUGCACUGUGGUGGGCGGGCGGUGACGACGCCGGGCUACCUGGAGGAGUUUGAGCGGGCGAUAGUGAGAGGUGCGGCGGGGCGCCAGGUCCUCCACGUGGAGCUGGCCAGGCCGCCUGGUGCCAGCUUGGGGUUCAGCGUCGUUGGACUGCGGUCACCAUCGAGGGGCGAACUAGGCAUCUUUGUCCAGGAGUUGCAGCCGAACGGCAUUGCGCAGCGGGAUGGACGCCUCGAAGAAGGAGACCAGAUCCUGGCGAUAGACGGCCAGCCAUUGGACAGCAACAUCUCUCACCAGCAAGCCAUUGGCAUCCUCCAACAGGCGAGGGGAACUGUGCAACUUGUCCUCGCCAGGGGGACACCCGUCAGUGCCACACCACCUGCCCCUCAGGGCACCCCUCCCCCUCCACUGCCGUCAAGUUCCCUCUCCGGAUCCGGGACUGCUGGAAGCACCAAGUCGGCAGCCGACCGUGAAGAAGCCAUGGUUCUGGGCACAGAGUGGGCGGAAGUGGAAGCUGUCGAGCUGCUCAAUGACGGCUCUGGCCUCGGCUUUGGCAUCAUUGGUGGCCGCAGCACGGGUGUCGUCGUCAAGACUGUUUUGCCUGGUGGUGUCGCAGACCGGGAUGGGCGUUUGCAGAGCGGGGACCACAUUCUGCAGAUUGGGGACGUCAACCUGCGCGGCCUGGGCUCGGAGCAGGUGGCCUCUGUCCUGCGUCAGGCGGGGGCUCGUGUGCGCCUUGUGGUGGCACGCCCCUCCGAGUCCGGUGACCUGCCAGCUCCUCGGCCCGCGUCGCUGCCACCACCCCUCGUGCUGCCCACCCGACUCCUUGCUGACGCCGAGGAGCUGGAGCGGCGUCUGCAGAUCCACAGUGCCACAGUUGCCAUGGCAACAGCUACACCAGGGAAGCCCGGGUCACCUCUGCUUUCCGAAAUGGCGCUGGACGACCUUCCUGAGACCGAGACCUUUGAAGUGGAGCUGGUGAAAGACCAGCAGGGCUUGGGCAUCACCAUUGCAGGCUAUGUCUGUGAAAAGGGAACGCAGGACGAGAUCUCGGGCAUCUUUGUGAAGAGCAUCGCCAAGGGGAGUGCUGCGGACGCUAGCGGCUGCAUCCGCGUCAACGACCAGAUCAUCGAAGUGGACGGCCGGUCCCUCCAGGGUUACACCAACCACCAGGCUGUCGAGGUGCUCCGCUCGACAGGCAAGUGCGUGAAGCUGCGCCUGGCCCGGCACCUCCGCGGUGCCCGCUACAUUCAGCUGCAGCACGCCGUCGCACUCUCGGACGCCAGCAGCCUGCCACCACUGCCCACCACACCAACGCUGACGCCAGGCGCCGUGACACCGGUGUCGUUGUCGGGUAGUGCUCCACUGACUCCUGAGCAACCACCACCACCUCUACGGUCUCCCGUGGAGGAUGGCCUUAUCAUCAGCACUGUUACAGAUGCCCCCUCUUUUGCUCUCCCAGAGGAUGAAGAUAUGAUAUAUGCCGGCGAGCUGGACCUGAAAACGGAAGCAUCGAUUGCGGCCCACUGGAGCAAGGUGGUGGGACCAGAGUUCGAAAUUGUGGUGGCCCAGCUGAGCAAGUUUGAGCCUGGAGGAGGUCUCGGCAUCUCACUUGAGGGCACGGUUGACGUCGAGGAUGGCCGAGAGGUGCGCCCACACCACUACAUCCGUUCGGUGCUACCCGACGGCCCCGUGGGACUCAACGGCCGCCUGCGCCCUGGGGAUGAACUGCUCCAGGUGAAUGGGCGGCAGCUGCUGGGUCUGCACCAUCGCGAGGUGGUGGGUGCCCUGAAGCAGCUGCCCCUGCACGUGCGGUUGGUGUGCGCCCGUCCCUUGCCCCCGCCCCUUCCCCUGCACGGACCACCACCAAUGAGCAGCGCCCGGCGAUCACCUUCGCGGGCCGCCUCCGACGAGCCGGACCCCUUUGCAUAUGAUGACGUCAGCUACAUAGGUAUGGCACAGAGCCCUCUGGCGCAGCGACCCUCGUCGUCGUCGUCGGCAUCCCCGCCCCCGCCACCGCACCUGUUGUCGGGCUCGCUGCCCGCCCUGGUCAAGGCCAAGUCGGAUGGAUCGUUGGCCCAGUCGGACUGGGAGGAGGGCUUGCCCGGCGGGGGCCCCCUGGUCAAGCUGCGGUCGCGUUCCCUCGAGCCCCUGACAGGCCUUGCCAUGUGGAGCAGUGAGCCCCACGUUGUCGAGCUGCUCAAGGGGGAUCGGGGCCUUGGCUUCAGCAUCCUCGACUACCAGGACCCAAUGAACCCAAGCGAGACGGUGAUCGUCAUCCGCAGCCUGGUGCCCGGCGGUGUGGCCCAGCAGGACGGCCGGCUCAUCCCGGGCGACCGGCUGCUCUUCGUCAACGACGUGCCACUGCAGCACGCGGGACUCGAUGCCGCCGUGCAGGCCCUCAAGGGAGCGCCCCGGGGCAUUGUGCGCAUCGGGGUCGCCAAGCCGUUGCCCCUACCGCCGCCCGACUCCAUGGGCAACAGCGCGCCCGUGUCGUCUGCUUCCUGUACGCAGCCCGAGCGACCCGAGAAUUCUAUAUCAGCCGACUCGGAUGAAAUCAGUGCCAUUCAGCCCCCAGAUGAGCUGUGGAAGGCGUCUUCCGGGACCGUUGUUCUGCACAACACGGGUCGAUCCCUGGGUCUGAAGCUGCGCUGGCAGCAUGGCAUCUGGACCAUCUCGGACGUGGAGCCCGGCUCAGCCGCGGCCAGGCACGGAGAGCUGCGCGUCGGGGACAUCGUGCUCUCCAUCAACGACCAGAUGCUCUCGGAGAAGACGCAAGGCGAAGUGGCUGCCAUCCUUGCUCUGACGCAGGAUCUCAGUGUGGUCUUGGGUACGUCGGAGUCGGGACCUCGCCGGACUUCCCUACUUGUUCCAUCGACCGGUCCGCUGAGCCUAUUGCUUCCGCGGCGACACUCAACGGCUCCCGACAUGGAGACGAUGGUUGCCGCAGUGCACAACAUCGCCUCUUCGUACGUGCCUUCACUUAGGGAUUCCAUGUCAUCAUCGAAAGAGCUGCUGGUCCCAUCCAGCCGGAGCUUGGCCUCAACACCCAGCCCGAGUGCCUCCCCACAACCAUCGUGGCCGGCACGGACGCCUUCACCGCUGCUUUCGCCACCCGUUGGCGGCCCCACUCUGCAGCCGUCCUCUCCCCUGCACCAGCAGUGGGGACCCGAGCGCGAGGUUGAGCUGGUGCGCGAGCUGCCUCAGCAGCGGAACCUGGGCAUCAGCAUCGUGGGCGGGCACGUCGACCUGUUCCGGCAUUCGCAGGACGGCGGGCACGUCGACAGCCGCGGCGGUGUGUCGGGUAUCUUCGUCAAGAAUGUCCUACCAGACAGUCCAGCAGGAAGGCUAGGGGCCUUUGGCCGUGGUGAUCGUAUCCUUGAGGUGGAUGGCAUUGACCUCCGAGAUGCGACCCACGACCGAGCUGUAGAGGUGAUUCGGAACACUGGGGCCCACGUCAAGUUCAGACUGCAAUCUCUUCUACCCACGCCCAAGGACAGCAUUGAUGAUGCAAGCCAGGAGCCCUCACCACGGUUACUCUCACCUCAGCCUUCACUGGAAGCUGUGAGCCCCCAACGCAGUCCUCUGGCAGUGUGCAAGUCAGUGUCACGCGAGUCUCGCCUGAGUGUGACAUCUCAGCUGAGCCGGAGUGCGAGCCAGGGUAGCCAGGAAGGCUUGGAGCCACCACCAGAGCCCACCAAGAAAGUGCUCACGGUGCACGGUGUGGAGAUCGACAUGAACAGUGCGGGCAGCAUAAAGCGUGAGGAGCUCUCGGACGGCGAGGGAGAGGAGGAAGAUGUUUACGGCUACACCAUGAAGAAGAUCGAGCGCAAGUAUCAGGAGCUCAAGCUGGCUGGUGGGGAGCUGCUCCUGGUGGAGCUGCAGAAGGGCCCCAGCGGCCUUGGCCUCUCACUAGCCGGCAACAAGAACCGCAGCCGCAUGAGCGUCUUUGUCUGCGGCCUCCACCCCAACGGCCAGGCUGCCCGCGAUGGCCGCAUACGGGUGGCUGACGAGCUCCUCGAGGUGAAUGGUGUCGUGAUGUACGGCCGGUGUCACCUCAAUGCCUCAGCCAUCAUCAAGAGUCUUCCGGGUCCCACGUACAAGUUUGUCCUUCACAGGAGAGAAGAUGCGGUGGAGGACAUGGCUGUGAAGCCCCUCACUCAAUACCCCAUGCAACUGGAUGAGCAGGGGCACGAAAUAAAAUAUGCAAACUACCGAGGGGUCAGGACUGUAACUGUGAAAAAGGGGACGCAUGGCCUCGGCAUCAUGAUCCUGGAAGGCCGCCAUGCAGAAGCCGGGCUCGGCAUCUUUGUCUCGGACAUUCAGGAAGGGAGCCCCGCCCACCAGGCCGGCCUCGGCGUGGGCGACAUGAUCCUCGACGUCAACGGCACCGACAUCACUGGUGCCGACUACGACACGGUGGCGCAGCUCUUGAAGCAGGCCGAAGGGGUGCUGACGCUAAUUGUGGCGAGGCCCAUGGGCAACGUGGUGCCCUUGCUCAAGAAGAAGGCCGCAUCUAUCGAAACCCAGGAGCCCUCACGAACGGUCCCAUCCAACCGCAAAAGUGAGUGCCCUGCUAAGCUUGUUGCCUGCGUCCUUGCAUCGUCACGUGGAAUGCCACUUGCACGUUUACUCCUUUUCUUUGUCCUUUUGUGCAUAAGUGUGCACGCCAUUCCAUAGACAAAGAUUGGUUCAAUUAGGGUUUCAUUAAAGACGCUCUAAGUGACCGCUGUUUGUGCAUGAACAUGAAAGAAGAGAUGGUGGGAGACAAACCUCUUCACUAUUAUGAGCAAUGCAAAACCACAAGAAUAGAGUAGAAGAUAGAAUUGAAACAAGGUAUGCGCACUGAAAUUCAACUGAAUUUUAUUUACAGGAAAUUCUUGGUUAUGCAUAAACGCAAACAGAAUAAACCAGUUUCUUUCACUCGUGUUUUCGUUCCUGCCACAUGCUUUCUUUCUCUUCCUUACUGUGAUAUCUGGUUUAUUUCCUGUGUUUUUAUAGAACCAAGCAUUUUUUUACCAAU